AUGGCUGUUAGGAAAGCGGUUCGAUGUGUCUAUCCAACAAAGAAUGAUGCGGCAGCCCGCGGGCUCGCGCCGAUAUCCAACAGCACGGCUGACAUGCUGUUGCCAUGCUCCAGUCCUUGUGGGUUUCAUCUAACGCCUCUUGGCGAGCGCAAUCUGCUCUGGGCAGCUUGCUCAAAUUACAGCUCCUAUAGCGAAGGGGACUCCCCCCAAGCAUCGCUAUCUUUUCUCGUCAGAGACAUAUUCGGCCAUGCCUCCAUUGACAUAACAGAUAUUGUGGCCAAAUAUUUCAGUCUUGCGUAUCACUGGUUUCCCUUCUUGGACAAGGAUACUGUAUACAGCCAAGCAGCGCAAUUUACCUCGAGCGGUUUCAUCUCGGGCGGUCCGGCUAGUCGCGACAACUUUGCUCUAUUGCUGCUCUCUAUGCACAUAUUCUCGGAGAGCCCAUGCCAGUACUCGCCUCAUCCGGCACAGAGCGCUUUAUACCGCACAGCGCGGCAGCUCUUUGCCGUUCUUCAGUCGUCUCCGGAUAUUCAAUUGCUGCAAUGCGGCAUCAUCUUGACGAUGUACGCGUGCGGCCAUGGCUUGGGCAGAGAAGCGUAUGAAACCUUGACGUUAUGCAUUGGUCUCAUUCGUCGACUCGGCUUCAGCGAAUAUUUUGCGACAGGUUCAAGUAAUAAUGCAGUCAAAGAUUAUCGCAGCCAACAUGAGCUAGAUCUCCAUUGGAGCGCAAUUAUCUUAUUGGAUCGCACUAUUGCUCUGUCUACCAUUGAUCACUGUCUGCCAUACCUAGUGGAGGAAGCCCACCUCCCCCCAAAUUCUGCCAUCUUAAGAGUCACAAAAGCCGAUCUCUACUCACAAGAUCCUAUCCGGAACUUCUUGGCUCGAGCCGAGCAUUCUAUUCGCAUGGGAGAUAUGCUGAGGGCCAUAAGAAGUUACGACUUCACCAAAUAUGAAGCGGUGGAAAGAGUGAUGUGCAAUGAAAUUGGUAAUUACGUUCAAAUGUCUGAAGGAAGCAAGUUUCCUAUUUGCGAAACUAUUGCCAUGACUCUCAGUGCCAUGAUUAUGCUAUAUCGCACGAACGACUACUACAAGGUAGCAAGGCAGAAUCCGAAAAGCAUAUUAACAUUCACCUGCACACGCAAUAUGAUCAUUGAAACAUGCCGUGCCGAAUCCGAAUGGCUAGAAAAAAACGGCUGGUUCAACAGCACUAGACCGUGCUUCAUAGGACUAUGUUGCUUAUACGGCGCCGCCGCUCACCUGGACGAGCUUUGUGUAGAUGGAUUACCGGCGGAGGAUAGGAGUAUCCUCAGAAAUGCCGUAUCGGACUUUGCAAGGCGCUGGAAAAUUUCAGAAAACUUUUUGCGCCAUCUUGACUCAGCCAAGAGGUUUUAA